GAAGUGCAGCCGCGCUUCCUUCGCCGUGGUCGCUGCUAACAGUGGCUAGCUUGCCGCAGCUAACCGCCGUGGAGCUAUAAUCUCCAUUUUAGCUCGGCGGUGUGUCCGGCCUCUCCCUGCUGUGAGUCCCAGCACAGCCUCCCUUCCUCCAGGUCUGCUCUCGCCGCUUCUCUCUGGCUUUAUCCAUUCUCACGGCGGGUUUCCCGGUGACCGAGAGCCGCUGAAGGUCCCACCGUGGGGUCUGCGGCGGCCCUGCGGGGGCGGGCGGGCGAUGGCGAGGCCGAGCCACAGCGAUCACGUCCUCCAGCAGCUCAACAACCAGCGAGAGUGGGGCUUCCUGUGUGACUGCCUCAUCGCCAUCGGUGACAUCUACUUCAGGGCGCACAAGGCCGUCCUGGCGGCCUGCAGCUCCUACUUCAGGAUGAUGUUCAUCCGGGACCAGCAGGGGGCUGGUCGUCUGGACCUGAGCAACAUGCAGAUCAGCGCCGAGUGCUUCGACCUCAUCUUGCAGCUCAUGUAUCUCGGACGCAUUGUUGUGGGGAGCUACGAGUUCGAGGAGCUCAAGGCCUCCAUGGCGUACCUGCAGAUGUACUACAUCCCAGACUCUCUGGAGGACCUCAGGGACAUCAGGAGCUCCAACAUCACCCCAUCCUCCUCGUCCUCUUCGUCCUCCUCGUCCAGUUCCUCCACCGGACCCGCGGGCGGGAAGAUGAUGUUUGGAGUUCGUAUGUAUGAGCAGCAACGACCUGCUGCCCCAGAGGGAGAACGUUUACCGAAAGCUGUCACCACCAGUGCUGGACGUCCAGCUGUUCCAGCAGCUGUUAGCAGGCCGGUGGUGGCGGAGGAGGUGGUGACGGCUCCUCUGAUCGUGGCACCGCCUGUAGCAGACGGAGCAGUCGAGCAGCCAUGUGACUUGAGAAAGAGAUCCGGUGGCAGAAGUUCCACUAUCAAAGACCGUCCUAGGUUUGGCCGCACCUACACCUGUGAUGACUGUGGCUUCGUCUUUAGCUGCGAGAAGCUUUUAAUCGAACACAUCCUGACCUGUACGAACCGGAAGGCCUACCAUCCGCCCAGAGGUAACGUGGAAGGUGACAAUGACUCCAGUAAAGCUGAGAGCUCCGCCUCCGAGAGCAUAGAGGAACACAGGGUCAUCUGUAAAGGUGAGGACGACUGGCCUGAGACCAAGGCCGACUCCGACCUCGCCAUCAGGUCGGUGGCAGCUGGCACAGAUGGAGAGCCCGGGUCAACCAGGAGCAUCAAGACAGAGCCAGAAGAAAGCAUGUUCCCUGAGAUAGAGGUUGUCCGGGUCGGUGAAUACACAGCCAGAGACUGCAACACACGAUUCAGUGACGCCACACGUAAAGACAUGAGGGAGAAGACAGGACCGGACCGUGAACCAGAGCCUGGCGUCUCAGGUUUGGAGAACAGCAGCGAGCCUUUUGAAGGCCAAAUGUCGAGCAGUGAUGAUUCAGGAGUCCCUACAAAGCUUCGUAAGGUCAAAGAUGAGAAGCAGGACAUGGACUGUGCGCCCUGUGAACUGUGUGGUGCUCUGUUAACUGAGGAGGACAAGUCGGCCCACUACCUGUCCAACCACAUGGGUCAUAUAUGUGCCUGUGGUAGGUGCGGUCAGGUGCUGAUCAAAGGCCGACAGCUCCAGGAACAUGCAGAGCGUUGCGGUGAAUCCCAUGGCGGUGAGUCGGACUCACACGGAGAGGACGAGGCCUCCCUGCUGGAAGAACCGCAGGGGAUGGAGGAGGGUCUGCUGGAGGCGGCUGACCUGGCCUGCCCUCACUGUGGCCUGCUGUUCCAGAACGAGAGCCUGGCGCUGGAGCACGCCUUGACCUGCCACGACCAAGAGCUGUUCCGCCCAGUGAUGCUGGAGGAGGGCAGCGAACCAGAUCACCGCCGCAAACACUUCUGCAGCAUCUGCGGGAAAGGCUUCUACCAACGCUGCCACCUGCGGGAGCACUACACUGUCCACACCAAGGAGAAGCAGUUCACCUGUCAGACCUGCGGGAAGCAGUUCCUGCGAGAGCGCCAGCUCAGGCUGCACACCGACAUGCACAAAGGCAUGGCACGCUACGUGUGUCCGGUCUGCGACCAGGGAACCUUCCUCAAACACGACCAUGUUCGACACAUGAUCUCCCACCUGUCAGCCGGAGAAACCAUCUGCCAGGUGUGUUUCCAGAUCUUCCCUGGUGGAGAGCAGCUGGAGAAACACAUGGACGUCCACCUUUACAUCUGUGGCGUCUGUGGAGAGAAGUUUCGCCUCCGUAAAGACAUGAGGAGCCACUAUAACUCGAAGCACACCAAGAGACUAUAGGAACGAUUCAAACGUCCUCUGCAUUUAUACUUGUUUGUUACUAAAAGCCAUAAAUGUGAGAACAAAUUAUGCACUUGAACACCAAAAAGACAACUUUUAAAAUCUGCACUUUUAAAGUAUAUGCAUAACCUAAACAGGUGUUCACACUGCGAGCAGCACGGCUGGUGAUUGGUCGCUCUGUUAUGACUGAUGGUGGCCUGAGCCUUUGAUUGCAGCUUUGAUUGAAGCUUUUUUUUUUAUUAUUUGUUUAGCUUUGAUCAGGUGAUGGGAAGUUCUCAUGGUGCUGAAACGUGCUCUCACUGUUUUGAAUCAGGAUUGUACAAGAGGUUUUCUUCCUGUCAUCUGUCAGAUUGAAGUCAGAAUCUAUUCCUGUUGAUAAAACAGUCACACAAGGCGAGAAACAAUCAAGCUUAGAAAGCUGAUGGUGGAGUUAGACACCUGGCAGACUAAGUAGAUGUACGUUUUUAGAGUAUUUAUGAAGAAGCUGGGAUUUUAUAUGCAGUAAAAAAUGUGAGAUUGUUUUUUUUUUUUUACAUUUCAGGUUAUUUGACCACGUUAGUCUUUUGUUCUCAGAUUCUAAAACACUUCUUUAAGCCGUCCAGAACCAGGAAUGAAACAAGAAGGUGAGUAGAAGCUGGAACCAGUUAGCAAAUUGUUUACGAUUAUUGUUCUGUUAGAACUGUACCAAAGUUGAGAUGGUGAGGUUUCCAGCCUACCUCUCCAUCUGGUUCACAGUCGUGUUGCUCACAGUGUGAACUUGUGGUAAGAUCGGCAGUGAACUCCAAAAAACAAAAAAAAACUGACACGUCUUCAGCUGGAAAUGCCGCCACUUGUUACACCUGAUUUUUUUAUAGGGUCCAUAGCAGACAGAGGAGCCACAGAGCCAAGAGUACAUAAUAUUAAAUAUCUACAACCAGAGUUAAAAUGAUGACUUAAAUUUGGAAGUUGUCGUACCUGUGAGAAGACGCCCAGUUGAGUUUGUUUUUGGAGUGAACUCCCCGUUUCAGAGGGCUGCGGUGCCUCAAACUUUGAGUCGACGAUUUCUAGCAUUGAUGUCAGCUUAUUUCCCAGAAUACUAAAGUUCCUGUAGGUGAAACACGGUGAGAUUUACUUGUUGUAGUUAGUGAGCACAAGACUGCAUUUUGAUUUAGGAGUCAUUUUUUUGUGAUUUUAUUUUUUUGGGUUACUGUGCAGCUUCACAUUCAGCACUCGCUGUCCAACAUGCUCUGUGAUUGGUGCCUUUACUGUAACACUUCUUCCUUCUUGUCUUAUAUACAGCGAUGCACGUUGGGGUGGGCAGGCACAGCUACCGAACCCUCCCCCCCUUCAAAGUGAAUCUAUAAAUGAAAAAGUCCAAAAAACAAAACACUAGAAGCAGUCUGCUCACUGGAACCAGCUCGGCACCAACCAGCCAGACUUGACUGUUGGUUUCAUUUUCUGUCACACUGCGACUUACUCUAAUGCCUUAUGAGUCAUGUAACAUUGUGCUCCCAUCAUUAUGGCUGUUUUUAGUUUCUUUUUUUAAUACCACAUCAUAUAUGAGCUAAACCAGUUUCUACCAUUAAAUGAACAUAUUAUACUGGGUAUCAACAUCUCCAAACCUGUACUGAACCUGAAACAAACUGACUCAGCUAUUCUGAAGCUUCGAAACAUUGAACUGAAACCAAUGCGAAAACCAACUCCAAUCCCACAGUGACCAGUUCAGUUUACCGGCCUGUAAUAAGCCAGUUUACAGUCAACUUGCACCGUUCUACAACGCAUCCAGGCAUUUCAGAUUCUGAUUAAGCCGGUGUUCAACAAAACCAGAUCAGACCCACUCAAACUACUUCCAGAACCAAUUCCGAUGUGGCCGAAACCCGUUCAGAGAAUGCUCCCACCAGUUAAAAUGAGCCUCAAACAAUACUAAACCAGUUUGCAUGUUAGCAAUCCCAGUACUAACCAGCUCAGAACCAACUGGCCCAUAUGUCCUAGAACAAAUGGAAACAACUUCAAAACCUGUCUAAACCGGCUCAGAACCAGGACAGACGGGUUGAAAACUAAACCUCAAUGAACUAGCUAGUCCAUGUUCAUCAGUGUCACCGCGUCCGUUCUUCAGGUUUCUGCUGCACUCGAGGAGCUAUAAAUGCUGGUACCACAAAGUCCUGGAUCCUGGUGGAUUGUAAGGCGGUGAUGGAAACAUAAGAAUGUUCCUUUUAAAGCUAAAAAGUCACCUUAAAUGAUGUUCAGCGGGUUGUGUCGAUGUUUGUUCUGAAGCUUCUUCUGCUUGGUGUGUUCAGCUGGUCUUGUUGCUCUGAGGUUUCUCCCGUUGAUGCUCGGUUAGUGGAAGCUCUGCUGUCUCAACACAGGCCUUUCUAAAGCUCUUAAUAAACCAAGUGAAUUUCUGUUUGUGGAGAAA